AGGCUGUGCAGCGAUCAUGGGGUUCGUGUGUAAUUUAUUUACAUGGGAAGGUGUCUCUGUCUGUGAAACAGUUAAAUAUGAUCUGUUGUCCAAUUAUCAUUUAUCAUAGUUAUAAACCCGAUUGACGGGUAUGAGAUGACUGGGGUUCAUUCCAACUCAAAUGUUAAUGUCUUGGGUCUAAGUAUCCAUAUAAAAUGUCUUUUAUAUGUAUGUAUUUUCAUAAAAGGCUGUGCAGUGGUCAUUUACACUGGAAGGUGUUUGUUAUAUGUCGGUACAUUUUGAAAUGAAAAAAUAUAAAAAUAUAAAAAAUAAACAUAAAACAAUCAAUGACAGACUAGUAAAUCACACCCUGAGCUCUUAUCAAAUCUUAAAAGUAUUUUUCACAUUGUCUAAUAACCUUUUGUUUCAUCAGGAAUUUAAAAAAAAAAAAUAGUAAACCGUAACCAUGGGUCACCGUGUUCUAGUGUUCUUGAAGUCAUGUAAUAGUCUGUUCUAAAUCUAAAUCUAAGUUCUAAAUCUACUGUGUUGCUGCAUCUGCUGCAUUCACUAUCAGAUCGCUUUACGAAGAAGACUAAGAAGACUUUUAGUGAGAAGUAAAUCAACAAUAACUAUGAACUACCACUCCUACAGCAACCAACUCUGCGACACCAUCAUUGUGGCUGGAGGCACUCAUUUCCAUGUGCACAAAUCAGUGCUCUGUGAAUUGAGCCCGUAUUUCAGAGCGCUGUUUGAGAGGUGGAGCAGCUCAGGCCAGUUCUUGUACACCGUCCCUGGCGUGGCUCCGAAUAUAAUGAAGUCCAUCCUCCAGUACGGUUACUCACAGCAUGUAAGAAUCACGCAAACGAACGUGAAGGCUCUCUUGGAUGCAGCCGAUUACCUGCAGGUGAACGACAUUGUUCACCGCUGCCACCAGUUUCUGGAGAAGUGACUCUGCCCAAAGAACUGCAAUGAAAUAUUGCGGCUUGCUACGGCGCACUCCUUUUCCUCUUCUUAUUGCUAUAAUAAACACAUCUUAAUUAUUAAA